UUUUGCUGACUCUUCGCUCUAGAUCAUACUUGCCACGCAUUGUCUGCCGGUGCAACCAGGCUUCACCAAUCAACCCAAACGAGCAGGUUCUCGGGACAUAAUUCGCCGUGAUGCUCCGCGACUACUGCUGCUGUGCCACACCAAGGGUAUAUACCGGUAUCUAUGUUACUCUGGCUGAGCAGGGCGCAGUGGCCGAGGGAUCUUCAUGCCUUCCUUUUCUGGACGCGUGAUGAGCGUCCGCAAACACUGUGCCAAGCUUGUCUCACACUAUCAUCUGCUCGCGCCACAAACAUUCGUUUCAUUAUUGAACUAACGUGCAACGCCGUUAGACGUUUCUUGCAUCGUCAUAUCACUAGGGCAGCACCCUCAAGAUGUCCAGACGCGAAAAGACCCCGCCGCCGCCGGACGAUGAACCUAAAUAUUUUACAGUCGUGCACCCAUACCCACCACAUGCAAACAUGGAACUACUCGCGGAUCAGAAGGAGUUUGCGUUUUGGAUUGCAUCUUGUACAGGCAAGGAACCCUUCCUAGCCUUCUUCUACAAGCCAGCAUCUCCAAACAUGAUCAUCAUCGAGGUUAUGCGCAACUUCCCCAACUUUGACAGGCUACUUGGUGAACAUCGCUGGUCAGAGGUCUUCCAAAACCCUGCUCCGGAGAACAGGGAGCGUGUCUCCAAAGUAUUCUACUGUAAAUACAACACUGGGAGAGAGGUGCAGAAAUAUGGUUGGAAGUGCAUUUUUGUUCGAGAGCAGUGGUUCUCAGAGUGGAAUCCUGUCAACCGACUGAUCAGCUAUCCGUACCCUGAAACGCAUUGGUGCGCUGUUCCUCCCGAAGAUGCCACGAACGAACCUCUCUGUCGGCCGCUACCUGUGAAAGACUUCCAACCUCCCCCGAAGCCGGUGCUUCAUCUUCCCCCAGUGGGAGCUGAAGGUUGGCAAGAGGCACGAAGGUCCGCUACGAAUGGAAACGCGCGGAAAAAUGGUGCACCUGGUCAAACGCCGAAGACAAACGCGACUCAGCGCGGGACUCUAGUGUCUCCCGUAACUAGGCGACCGAAUGCUUGGGGUUCGGGAGCUUCUCCGUCGGUGCUCGCCGCACCAGCCCCAGAGUACGCGGCGCCUCCGGGUCUCGCACGCCCGAACAUGGGUGGGUUCAGCUCUGCCUGGAGCUCAUCCCGCAGCGCGGCCUCUAGUGCGUGGACCGUGACCUCUGCGCCGUCGCGCACGUCCUCGGUCGCGGGGUCCUCGACCGAGAGCGACGGCGGGAGCAUCGGCCAGACGCCCGCGGUGUCCGAGUACCCCGACCGUGCGUCGAUCGUGGAUCCCGACGGCGACGACAUGGUGAGCCUCAUGGAGUCGCUCGUGAUGGACGGUGCCCCGUCCGAGUUCGGCACGGACGCGUGGGGCUCAGGACAGUACGCGUACGACCAGGAGCAGUUCGCCGCACCCGACGAGGAUGCAGAGGAGAACCUGUGGGCGGACAACGCUGUCGAGGAGAAACUGGCGGGGCCGACGGAGCUGCUCUGCAAGGCGCACGGCGUCAUAUGCAAGAAGGGCAUCUGCAGGGAGUACGCCAGGCAGCUCCGGGAGCUCGAGCGCAAGAAGGCAGAGGAUGAGAAGACGAAGGCUGCUGCGGAGCGGAAGGCGAACAAGAAGAAAGCCAAGGCUCAAGCAGCUCCUGCGUCCGAUUCCACAUCUUCACCAUCCGCAGCUGGACAGCCGCAGCAAAAGCAGAAACAGCCGGACCAAAAGAUCGAGUUCACUCAGCCCCGGUCGAAACCCGCCCACCUUGCAAAAGCUGCGUCGGCAAGUUCAGCGAAGAACGAUGGCUCCUCGGCACCCGAGACGUCUGGCGCGCCACAGACUGGGCGCAGCAGGCCUGCACACCUCGCUGCUGGCAGACCAGGCGCGGCUGCAGGUGGAGCGGAUGAAAAGACACCGACGGCCCGUCCUGCACGCGGACGCAAGAUGAAUGCUGCGGCCAACAAGGACGACUCCACUCCUCCGAGCGCCGUCGACCAGCAUGCGAACAACGGCCGGGGAACCGAGCCUGCACGAGAUGCCAAAGCGAGACGGACAGGCGGGCCCCCGAAACUUGCCUCUGCCAAGGGCAAGGGCAAAGAGAAGAAGAGCUGGGCGGACCAGAUGGAGGACGACGAUACGCAAUCGGUCGCCAGUUUCAGCACCAACGGAGGGUGGGGCAAGUCAGCCGAGUCUACCUGGGGCUGAUCGACGUCUCUGUACUGACGAAUGUGAGCUGAAAAAUGAAUCUUUUGCUUUAUUUCCCUUUCUCUGCAGAAUGCGGCUCGUUGGAUCACGAUUUCUCGCAAGACGUGUUUGUCUCUGGCUUAUUACAAUUCCGCCGUUGCGGCCAUCCCGCUAUGUAGUCGUCUCGUUUGCUGUGCUUUCAAGCCUUGUAUGUCGUUUCGAAGCAUUGCACCAAUGUCUUCUGUUGUACUAGUACUGUUAGUUCGCAUGAAUAGAAACGUUCCUCUUAUGCCUU